AUGGCUAAGAAAGAGUUUGCAAACCUGGAGUACAGGUCAGACGUGUUGAAGUUUCAUCGUGUAAUGGAGCGAAUAAGAGAAAAUGUGAAGGAGUCACAUGUUGAGCUCUUUCGGCAAACACCGUUUUGGGGGUUGUUCAAUUCAUACCAUGGUGGUCUAAUUAUUGAAGAAGCUCAUAGAAAAUCUGAUAUUGAUAUUGUGUCCAUCUUAAAAUGUUUUGACAAAGGCGAAAAUGCAUUUUUUUUUGAAUUUUUGAAUUUUUUUUAG